AAAAUUAAUUGGUACGGAUUGUGACUGACACGAACAUUGAUUAAUUUUUAUAGCCUGAAAUUUUUCGCCAUAAAUAUUUGCUUAUAAUAAACAUACCGUUGAAAAUUAUCUAACCCUUUAAUACUCAUAUAGGAAGUUAAAUAUGUCAAUAGCGCGUGUGCCCCAAUUACGAAUUGUGCAGCGAGACCUUAAAUGCCGUCAAGGCUGUGGAUUUUAUGGGAAUGCCCAAUUUGAUGGACUCUGCUCCAAAUGUUUUCGUGAACGAAACGAUAAAAGAAAGAAAGCAGAGCAGAAUGCACUUCCUCCUGUUGCAAAUUCGCCGAAUACCAGUGGCACGAGCACAGCUGGACGAUUGUCCCCACAAAACCUCUUGGGGCGUGUACCAAACAAGAGGCAGGACAGCAUGCCGGAAAUAUCGACAGGGACACUUACAAAGAAAAAAUCUCUUGUGCCAGCUGUAUUUCAAAAAACACUUCAAUCGAAUACGCUGAAAAGUAAAAAAUUAAAACAAGAUGGUCAUUUAGGACAAAGAGCAUAUGUGCCCGAUCCCACCGAAAGCCAAUUUAUGCUUCAACUACGCCAACUACGCAUACCCGAUGAUGGCAAACGUAAACUAAAAAGUGAAAUUCAACGUUUAGAUAAUGCCAUACGGAGUUAUAUGAAUAAUAGUGCUAAUAAAAAUGUUGAUGAAUUGUCAGAGAUGGUACAAAAUGCAUACACCAAACUGGCGGAUAUAGUGCACAAUGACCAACGUUUCCAAAUAGCCACCAAUGAAGACCGUGAGAGUGCAAUCGAUUUUUUCGAAAAGGUGGUCAUGACCCAAAAUCACAAAUUCCUAUUUAGUCCGUAUUUCACGCUCGAUGAAGAAAACGAUGUAAAAAUACAAAAACGGAUACGCCAACUCAGUUGGAUAACGGCAAAACAUUUAGUAUGUAGCAUUGAUGAAGUUAAUGCGGAAUCGCGAGACUUGGUCUAUAAUGCUAUAACAGAGUUGGUAGGCAUCGAUUCUUAUUACUCACCUCAAGAGAAACUGGAAUGCACAGUGCGUUGUUGUCGCCAUAUUUUUGAAUUACUCAAGCAUUCAGUUGGCGGUCCCGCAAGUGCAGAUGAAUUUCUUCCGGCUCUUAUUUUCGUUGUGCUAAAAGCUAAUCCAGUGCGACUGCAUAGUAAUGUAAACUUUGUAACACGCUUCACCAAUGCGUCGCGGCUAAUGAGUGGCGAAGGUGGCUAUUAUUUCACUAAUUUGUGCUGCGCAAUCUCCUUUAUUGAGAACUUAAAUGGCGAAAGUUUGGGUAUCUCGGAAGAAGAAUUCGAAUUACUGAUGUCAGGAGAUAAAGCUUUCAGUACUCCUUGGGAAAGCGCUUUGCUAGCUUGUGAGGGAUUACAUUUGAUAUCGGAGAAUAUGAAGCGCAUGGAAUCACUAAAAAAGCGGAACUCUAGCAUUGCUACUGGUAUUGAUAAUUUUCGUAAAGACCUCGAAGAGUUUCAGCGAGAGAUCACCGAUAAAGUGGACGCUUGCAUUGCCAAAGCACCACUUACUAUCCUGCCAAUAAAAACACCAUCACAUUUAAUCAGUAAAGCAAGGGCUCACCUGGCGAAUGGUGGUGAAAUAGGUUUAGCGACCGCUGAAUCAGUUGGACAUUACAGUGCUAAUUUGAUUGCUGCAAUAAGCGCCGAUGGAAAAACGAACAAAGAGAGUACAAAAAAUACUCAGCCUUUAGUACAAAACAGUACAAAUCAAAUAAUUGAUAUUCUAGAGGACGCAUCGCACACAUUGGCGCUUAAAGAUACUAGUACUACAUCGAUUGGUCGACUAUCGCCCCUACCACCAGCGCAACCAAACAUAGACUUACAAUUUGCAUCACCAAUUUUUAAUUAUACGCCUUUCGACGCCAUUUCUCUACUAGAGGAUCACUCUGACUCCACUGAUGAUUAUUUAAUUAACACCAAUUUACAAGGCGGACUUACAAAUGUAAACUAUGACUUCGAUUUAUCCGACCACAGCGGUGAAAACAGUGUUACUGAGGAUUUGAAAUUAAAUUUAGAAGAAUUCGAUCCACUUGCACAAAAACCCGUGACAGAAAGUGAUCUGCAAGCAACUGAGCAAAAUGGAAGUACUGUUGAGCGUAGUUUAUUGGACAGUGAUUCGCCCACAAAUGGAACAUUACUUCCAUCGCCUUUGAAACCGACAGUAACAGAUUAUCGUGGCUUCUCGAGUUUCGAAAUACCAUCUAUUUCCUGUAAUACAGGUGAUUUUGCGUCGUUAAAUCAUUCUGUUAAUGAAAGCGAGAUUAACAUAAAAACAACUAGCACUGUAAUCGAAAAUAGCAAAGCUAAUUGAUUUAAAUCAGCCGAAUUCCACAGUUGUGUGAUAAAUGUAUUAAUAUAGUUAAAUGGAUUCUAAUUGUGUAUAAUAAAUUAAAUGAUAUUGUAAAUUA